UUUUUUCUUGAUAUUAUUCAAUGGGAGAGAACACCAAAUCUUCAAUAUUGCAAUACCAUCGUGCUCCGCAAUCAUGAAGAUAAAAGCUUUAAGCCGCUCAGUUGCGGCCUACCAGCCGCCUGGGUCUGAUGUUCCAAAGGCGCCCCGUAAUCUAGAUCCAGCGAUUCAUCCGUUCGAGAGAGCACGAGAGUAUACGCGCGCACUCAAUGCGGUGAAACUGGAACGCAUGUUCGCUCAGCCGUUCAUCGCGCAACUCGGAAACGGACAUGUCGACGGUGUUUAUUCACUAGCGAAGGAUCCCAAUUCCCUCGACAGAUUUGCAUCCGGCUCGGGCGAUGGUGUUGUGAAGUGCUGGAGCUUGACUGGCCGGGAUCAAGUCUGGAAAACGACGGCUCAUGAGAAUAUCGUAAAAGGAAUGGCAUGGACAACCGAUCAAAAGCUUCUCACGUGUGCAUCUGAUAGAUCGAUCAAAAUCCACGACCCGUACAAUACUCGCGAUGAUUCGCCACCUCUACACUCUUGGCUUGGAACGAAUGCCUAUACAAGCUUAAGUGUGCAUAGGUCGAAGAACGCUUUCGCAGCAGCCUCCGAUGUUAUAUCUGUUUACGAUCUUGAUCGCUACACGGCUGCGCCAGAAGUUCUUCGUUGGCCAUCGUCCGGCGAAACGAUUACCUCAGUGUCUUUCAACCAAAGCGAAACAUCCGUGCUCGCAUCUUGCUCUACAGAUCGGUCGAUUAUCCUAUAUGAUCUCCGAACAUCUUCGCCCCUCGCCCGUACAUACCUCAACUUUAGCUGCAACAAGUUGUCCUGGAACCCGGUGGAGCCGAUGAACUUUGCUGCGGCGAGCGAAGAUCACAACGUGUACAUAUUUGAUAUGCGCAAGUUCGACCGAGCACUCAACAUUCUCAAAGAUCAUGUGGCAGCAGUCAUGGAUGUGGAAUUCUCGCCUACCGGACAGGAGCUUGUGACAGCUUCCUACGAUCGUACAAUUAGGCUGUUUAGCCGAGAUGGGGGACAUUCUAGGGAUGUCUACCAUACGAAGCGAAUGCAGAGAGUUUUCUGCGCACGAUGGACUCCAGACUCCAAAUAUCUAUUGAGCGGAUCGGAUGACGGAAACAUUCGCCUUUGGAGGGCUAAUGCAUCCCAGCGAGAGGGUAUCAAGUCUGCGCGACAGCGGCAGUCACUCGAAUACAAUGAGGCAUUAUCCGAGAGAUACAGUCACAUGCCUGAGAUUAGGCGCAUCAAACGCCAUAGACAUCUUCCAAAGGUUGUGAAGAAGGCGGGUGAGAUCAAGAAGGAAGAACUGAAGGCCAUCAAGCGACGAGAAGAGAAUGAGAGGAAGCACACCAGGAAACAAUUCGAGAAGAGGAAGAGUGAACGGGACAAGGUUAUUCUGGCAAGAGAAAAGUAACGUCUAUGUUUGAUGACAUUCCGGAGGAGUUGGCUGUCUUAAGCAUUCAUGAACUGCAUUUAUGAGGCGUUAAAGGAAUGGGAAAAUUCAGAUACCAGAUAAGGCUUCGGUAGACUAUGUCUAUAUACUCUCAUGAGAAUGACUGGCUGUUAAGAAAAUGAAGCUCUGCCUAACCUAGGUAGUUGAAGUCGUUUGAAACAAUCA